AACCAAACGGAAUCAAAUGCACAGAGCAAACGGAACGAACGGGGAGGGAUCUACCUGAAUUUGUCCAAUAGAAACUCUCGUUUUCUUUAAAACUGUUUCCUUUACAAAACGUUUUGCAACGGAAUUCGACUAAUGAAUACACCAGUAAUAAAGGACCAGAUUUUAUAUUCAUGGAGCAAACCCGUGUAGGCCACACAGCUGGCCAAGUUUAGUCACAUGCUUGUUGUUAUUGUUCUGGUAGCCUAGUGCUUUUCUGAAUGGUCUGCUCUCGAUCUAAACCGUUCUCCCAAUUCAGAGGCAUCAGAAUAAUAUUGUCCAUCUUCGGAUUUGUAAUUACAUGAUUCUUCCAAUUAUUUAGGGCGUUUGACUCGAACGAUCGCGACGCAACGGGGAGUCAAUCAAAUACGCAUUGCGUCCCUUAUUUACCAACAUGACGGAAGACAAACAACGUGUCAUCGAGGAAAAUUUGCAGGGUUCCUGGGUGGAGCUGCACUUUAACAAUGGCAACAGUGGUGGCUCACCAGCACAUGGGGCUGCUGGUGUGAAGGAAGAGCAGGUGUCAGGCUCUGCCACUGAGCUACCAAGCUCUGUCACUGAGCUACCAGGCUCUGCCACUGAGCUACCAGGCUCUGCCGCUGAGCUACCAGGCUCUGCCGCUGAGCUACCAGGGUCUGCCACUGAGCUACCAGGCUCUGCCACUGAGCUACCAGGCUCUGGGUCAGGUGCCUCUGCCUCAGUCCAUGGUGGAGACCUGAUGGCUGGGUCUACCUCUGCGUCGGUCCUGCUUGGGUCUCUCUCUGCCUCUACCCAGGGAGGUGACCUGAUUCCUGGGUCAGGGUCUGCGUCUGGCUCAGUCCAGGGAGGGGUGGACUUGGAGAGGAUGUUGUUAGACGCUCAGCACGAGUCAGGAAGAAGCAGCUCCAGGGGCAGUGUGCCCUGUGACAGUCCUCCGAGACCCCAGACUCCUUUGCUCCGCCGGGGUUCAGAAGUGCACAGCUCAGGAGAGAAGAACAGCUCACAGUCAGAAGAAGACUACUUAGAACGGAGACGUGAAGUGGAGAACCUGAUGAAGAAGAACGCAGACUGGAUCUGGGACUGGUCCAGUAGACCUGAGAACAUUCAACGCAAGGAGUUUGUUCUGAAGCAUCCUAAACGUACCAACCCUCUCAGCAUCAGAAACACCCGCGUCAUGAAGAAUGGAGGGAUCUUCUCUGCAGAGUUCCUCAAACUUUUCCUUCCUUCUCUGCUCAUAUCCCACGUACUGGCCAUCGGUCUGGGGGUGUACAUUGGGAGACGUCUAACUACCUCAGUGACCAGCACCUUCUAAAAGGGACACUCCGCUGGACUGGAACAACAUGGUUUUUGGCACCAACACCGUUAUUAUCUUCCACUGCUGCUAGGUUUGAAGUGGCGCUUAUUAGAUACAGAUAGGCAACAUGUGUCCCCCAACUCCACUGAAAUAGAUGGCUCAAAAUGGCACCCUAUUCCCUACAUAGUGCACUACUUUUGACCAGUUCCCAUAGGACUCUGAUCAAAAGUAGUGCACUAUAUAGGGAAUAGGGUUCCAUUUGGGACACACUUCCUUUUUGUUUUCCCCUGGCGAUGAGCAGUCCACCCUGCCUGUAUCUGUAUUGUACCCCUGUGAAUACUGUUGGCUUUCCCCUUAGUUCCCAGAUCUGCUUU